AUGGCUGCACAGACUGUACCCCUAGAGCAGCUUCGCUCGCGGUAUAGAUCAUCUCUGCAGGAGUUCAGCGCUGGCUCGGGCUAUUUUCAGCUGCUGGACACUGUAUCUUCAGGCAAAGGCUCUAAUUCUCAGCCAGAAAACCUCUACGUCUUGGACUCGUCGUUCAACCCGCCUACUAUCGCGCAUGCGCAGAUGGUAACAUCCGCACUGAGAGCAGCACAUACCAAGGGUUCUACGCCGUCGAGGUUGCUACUGCUGCUGGCCAUCCAAAAUGCAGAUAAGCAGCCAAAGCCGGCGUUGUUUGAAGACCGGCUCGUCAUGAUGCGACUGGCUGCGGAAGACCUCCAGGAGUCUAUAUCUAAAGAUAUCGCCCAAGACGAUGGUCUUGCUAUCGAUAUUGGAGUUACAAAACGUCCGUACUUUGUCGAUAAAGCAGUGGCCAUUGCAACAGGUAACGGAGGUGUCUACCCUCAGGAGGUCGAGCAAGUCCAUUUGACAGGAUACGAUACUCUGGUCCGGAUUUUUGAACCCAGAUAUUAUCCUGCUGAGAAUCUGGGUGUCCUUGACGCUUUCUUCAACCUUCACAGGCUCAGGGUAAUGCUACGGCCUGAUGCUAGCUGGGGAGAUAGGGACGAGCAGCAGGCAUUCCUUGCUAACCUGGCUAAAGGGGCAGCAGAGAAGCUCGGUGCUAAGAGGGAAUGGGCAGACCGCAUUGAGCUGGUAGAGAGUAACGAUGUUGAUAGAGAGCCGGUGAGCUCUACCACCGCAAGAGAUGCCUCUCAGGAAGACCUGAACCUGCUUUCUAAACUCGUCACACCGCGGAUAUAUCAGUAUAUCGUGGAUCAUGAGCUUUAUACUGACGGGAGAUGA